AUGCCAGGCAAGACGUACAUUGUCGAGCACCUCGACUCCGAGCUGGGCCCCUGGUCCGAACUCGAGUACAUCGCCAUCGCCAGAGAAACCCACGCCGCCGAGGGCACCUUUCUCCUCUCCUCCCUCCGCGCCGGCUUCGUCGCCCCGGAGAAGCUGCAGCAGGUCCCGGCCUUCAAGGCCGAGAACCGGGGCGUCGAGGAGCUCUACGCCGCCGACAAGUCCCGCGUCUGCCUGCUCGACCCCUCCGCCGCCAGCGACCUGAGCCCCGAGGACGGCGAAAAAUUCGACGCCUUCCUUUUCGGUGGCAUUUUGGACCGCACCUCCGAGUUGAGGAAGAAGGGUUUCGAAGGCAGACGCCUGGGUCCCACCCAGAUGACGACUGACACAGCUGUCCGCGUCACGAGAAUCGUUGUCGAGGAGAAGACACCGCUGGACAAGAUUCCUUACGUCACAUACCCCGAGCUCAAGUUCAGUGAGCAUGAGAGCACCGAGAUGCCCUUCAAGUAUGUCACGGAUAAGGACGGCCAGCCCAUUAUGCCAGAGGGCAUGGUUGAUCUCAUCAAGAAGGAUGCCGAUAAGGCGAUUGAUGACCUCUUUUAA